GUUGGGAUCUAAUUGCUCUCAAGUGAGGUCAGCAGCAGGCAUUUAUCUAAGCGGGGUGCACAACGGAGGAUGCACAGAGUCAGCUUUGCCAGAGGCAGGGAAGCCUAGAUGAGGACUGACAGCGGUUCUCACCUCUCGCUUGGCUUUGUUGCAUCACUGAGCUGGGUUUACCUGGGUUUAACUGCAGCUUCAGACCCGAAGAGUCUCAUCCCUGGUGCUGAAAAGCGGGCACGCAUCUGACGACGUUCGUCAUCGCUCAGAGCGCAUAGACAACCAGUACAGCCAUCCCUAAUCUGGAUUAUUACAUUGCUUGUUGGACUAUCAUCUCAAGGGGAUCAAGCAGUUGAUGAACUCUGUAUAUAUGGACUAUAGCAAACCUUUAAAGUCCCCAUUCUGACUGCUUUUUUUUUUUUUCUUUCCUGAGACAUCUCACCUUUGAACUCAACCCAACCUCACAAACUCUUCCUCCCAUCCCUCUAGGAGUCCCUGAAACAAAGACCUGAAGGUUGCAAGGCAGGGGUCAGGAGGUCGCCGGGUUGAGGAACAGCGCUCAGCUCUUGAGUUCGCUUCUCAGCAUGUUUCUCAUUGAUCCCCUCAGCAUUGCAUUAUAAUGCGCAAAUGGAUGCUGACAUGGAACCUUCAAAGUCUGCUCUCAGGACUCUACCUGCACGCGAUCUUUCUGUUUGGCAGCGUGUGUGUGGUCUACAGUGACUGCACCCCCGAGCAACGCGUUGCCAUCAUGAACUGCUCUAAACACGAGCGCCACACCAGGAACUAUGAUUACAUGGAGGGAGGAGAUGUGCGCAUUCGACAGCUGUUCAGCGGCACGCAGUGGUUCCUCACGAUUGAUGACUCGGGCAACAUUACGGGAACUCAAGAUCCUACCAACUGCUACAGUAUCCUGGAGAUCAGAACGGUGUCCGAGGGGCCCACACUGGCCAUCAAAGCUGUAAAGAGCCAGUAUUACAUCUGCAUGACCAAGGCUGGAAAUCUGCAAGCCAAGAAGACCUACAGGAAAAACUGCGACUUUAAGGAGGGUUUCCUAGAGAACCACUACAAUGCUUACUCCUCUGCAAUGUGGACUGAAAAGGAAAUGUUCAUCGCGCUAAAUCAGAGGGGCCGGCCAAUGAAAGGGAAGAGGACCAGGAAGGCAAGCAUAGCUUCUCACUUCAUCCCGAUGAAAUGCUGGGAGGAGGAGAGGAGAGUGGAGUGAAGAAACUAAAGACUUUGUCCCAGAGUGUGUGACUCAGGUCACAUUUAUGUGUGUAUAUCAUACCAGACACAUGUAGUCUCAUUACCAGCAUCACUCUCCGCUCUCCUAUUGAGUCGUAUCAAUAACUGCAAAACGAACGUAUCAUAAGCUACGACAAUCUCCAUCACACAAGAUACUGAAACUGCAAACAUGGACUGAAGUUAUUUUGAAGUAAAUACUAUAAAUUGUAUUAAAACAGAAGUAUUUUCUUACCAAAUCAUAAAAAAACCAUCUACAUGCAGUCUGGACUGUAUUCCUUACAAAUGAUUUGCAAUCAGGCUGCCGGAUGAGGGGACGUAUUUUAUCAAAGAAUAAAAGAAAAGAAAAGAAAUGAAAGGUAGAGAAAAGGAAAGAAAUAAUUAUUUAGAGGGGAUAGUUGGUUUGACCAAAAAGUGCUGAAGCAAGCUGGGCUUGUCUUUACCUUCCACUGCACCAGAUACAUUCAUACAGAGCUGACAUAGUGCAUGUAGUUAAUGAAAAUAUGAAUAAACAGCAAGUCAAGCUUAUUGUGACAGAUGAGUGUGUGUACGUGUGUGUGUGUGUGUGUGAUUUUCUGCAUGAACUCUGGUCAAGUACACUGUAGCUGCUCACUGACUCCCUUUUCAUUGUCAAUAUUUCAUCUUAAAACGCUGAAAGGUUUUGCUGCUGCUGAACAGACAUGCAGAUAUGUAUACAGAGCAAAUAUCGUAAUGAGUUAGAAUGAUCCCUACACCAAAAGAUAUUUGUUUUUAAGGGUUUUUCUUUAUAUUCCUUUUAAGACAUUCCUGUUGUACUGAGGUUGAAAAAUACCCACAGAUACAAUAUUUGGUACUCUACCGUAACAAAAUAUUACCAGAGUUUUGGCUGUGGCCCCCCAAUUCCCUUCUUUGCACGAAGCCAACAUGCUGAAGCAAAGCUUCACUGCGCAUCUCUUUUCCCCUCCACUAGAGGGUAGAGUAAACCUCAAAAUAAACUCAUGUCCCCUCGCUUAUGAAACUUCUUAAGUCGACUUGUCAACAGGACGUCAAAACUGAAAUGAAAACACACAGCUCUCUGUCAGAUGUUGUUUUGUUCAUCUUCACAGCCACUUGUGCUUGGGUGAGACUGCAUGUGAACUUUAUGAACCGAGCCUUUAUCCUGCCAUAAACUACAAUGACGUUAAGACUAGAAAGCUCUGGGGGAACUUGAAGACAGAGGUUUGUGUUGUAUACUGUGAUGACAUUCAGCAUUAUUUAUUCUGUUUAUUAACGACAAUAAAGACAAACAUGGUAUUUAUUCUCAGCUUUUGCAUGUCUGUAAUAUUCACUAUGAUAUAGUCGUACUUAAACAAAGAGGUCGAAUCUGUUAUUUGCUGUGAUUUCAGUGUUAUGGUAAAAUGACCCCGUUUCGGCAGCCUAAUGUACUCUUUAAUUCUGGACUUUGCAUUAUCCUGUUGAGAAAAUCUAUUACCAGUAAAGCAAACUCAAUGUAUCAAAUUCAAAUGCUUCCAUUGUUCUUCGGAUGAUUAUUUGCAUGUUGUC